AUGAGGAUGACUAGAAGAAGAACUAAAGCAAUGCAUAGGCCAGAGGUAAUUCAGGAAUCUCAGUCUGAAGAGGUGGAACAUGCAGAAACAAAGUCAGAUGUCAGUGAUAGCUCAGAGAUGCAAAUUACCAGAAAUGAGAAUGCAACCGUUGAUUCACCGCAGUCGGUCCCUGAACCUCAAGCUGAUGGGGACGUGUCAGAAGCAGAAUCAAACUGCUCUGCUGUGUCUGGUCUCCAGACACCUCUGUUUGUAAGAGUAACAAGGCGACGACAAAUUGUAGUUCCUUGCCAACCAGAUUCUCCUAACAGAAGAAGACGUGACAGGACAGCUUUUCUAAAUAAGUUAAACAAGAUUCUGGAUGAAGAGGAUGUCUCUGAAGCUGAGUCUUGCUCCUCUGCUGUUUCUGGUGCCCAGAUGCCUAGUGUUACUAGAACUACAAGAAGCAAGCAAAGCAAGAAGAAAUUGAAACCAGAUACAGUUCAUGAAGCCCAGAGUGAAGAUAUUUCUGAUGCAGAGUCAUGCAGCUUAAGUUCCUACGUGGAACCGUCCAUCGCUGCCAAACGAAUUACUAGAAGCAUGCAAAUGAAAUCACAAGCAGAAAACGCUAAGCAGACUGAGAAAGAAAGUGUAAUUGUUUCAGAAGAUGAGAAUGUAAUGGAGGAAACAGCUAAACCUGAGCCAGUGUUAAUUUCUGAUUCUAGACCUGCUGCAGAACUUGUCUCUGACACAGAAGAUGCUUCCUCUGUCACUGAGGAUAAUCGGGAACCCAGUUCACCUAAAAGCAAAUGUUCUUCCAAAUCUGCCAAUACAACUCCGAGUAAAGACAUGAAAGAAGAGUUCUUGAAUUAUUUGACACCCAGCAGUCUCACAAAAAUUAAACAAAGUGACACUGAAUCUCCUGGGAAAAAAGCAAUUAAAAUUACACAGACUGUUGGGGUAGAUGGUUCAGAGGAAGCAUGUGGCCAAAUACAAGAACAACACGGUGAAAUACUUGUGAAGGAGUGGAAAUUAAAGCAUGUGGAUCUUUCUUUGACUGAUUGUGUCACUGCAAAACAAUUUUCAGAAUCCCAAGAGCAAGUAACACCAAAGGAAAGUGGAAACACUCUGGAAGGCAACAGAGCAGAUGGCGAGGUAGAUGCACAGCAGUCUUUCACCCAUGCUGAUAAAUUAAGUAAAGAUGAGCAACCCAGUGCAGCGAGCAGCCCGCAAAAGGACACAGCUGUUGCACAAAGAACUGACAGCGUUGGAAGAUGCAGGACGCUUAAAAUCGGUGUAGACAGAGGUGAAGACCAAACAGGAGAAGACGCUGAAUCUGCAUCCCACAGCAGCAAAAGAGCAAGCAGUGAGAACAGUUCUGUUGCUCUGUUUGUGAGCAGAGAUGAAAGUGAUGAGUCUGAAAAUAGUGAUGUGGCUGACAUAGAUACACUUGAAGAUAACCUGUGUUAUAAAGAGGCUCCUUCUUCCCUCCACAGAUCUUUAAAAACCAGUUCACUGCAUGCUGAAGGGCUUUUUGUAAUCGACACUGAGCCUGGCAUGAGUUCCAGCCAGAAGUAUUACCUAGAUCAGGUACACCAAGAUAGUGAUGCUGAAAGUAGACAUGAAGGAAGUGAACAAGGUGAAGAACCCUCAGACCUGGAAGAGGCUGAAGAGGAGCUGAUAGAUGAGGAUGAGAAGGAUGAAGACGACGAUUUGUUGAAAAAUAAGAGCGAUGUUUUACAUCUUUCCAGCAGCAUAGACCCUGGUUUGAAUAUCAAGAAGCUUGGAGGUUUAUAUAUUAGUUUUGAUGCAAAACAGCAGAAGCCUAGUUCGAGUGUAAUUAAACAACCGAAGGAGAAGAAGAGGGACCAGCUGUUGCAGAAGAGUAUAAUAACUCCAGAUUUUGAAAAAAAGGACUGCGUCCCACCCUUCAGGGAAUCGCUUCACCAGCUGAAGAAACAGCGCAGGGCAGAGCGAGAGAAAACAACGGGUGAUGGUUGGUUUGGUAUGAAAGCCCCAGAAAUCACAAGUGAACUGAAAAAUGACCUUAAAGUUCUGAAGAUGAGAGCUUCGUUGGACCCUAAGCAUUUUUAUAAGAAGAACGACAGAGAAGGUCUACCCAAGUACUUCCAGGUUGGGACGGUGGUUGAUUCUCCCAUAGACUUCUACCACAGCCGAAUCCCUAAGAAACAAAGAAAGAGAACAAUUGUUGAAGAGCUGCUCGCAGAUUCUGAGUUUAGAAGAUAUAAUAAAAAGAAGUAUCAGGAGAUCAUGAGUGAAAAAGCAGCUUUUGCAGCAGGGAAGAGGAAUCGGAAGAAGAGGAAAUUUCACAAUUAA